UUCCUCUAAAGAUGGACAGAAACCUCUUUAUUGAUAAUUGUAAGGCAGUGGUGAUUCUUCCAAUUCUGACUGAGCUUUAAUUAGAGCCUCGAAAGUUCAAGUGUUGGACUUAACUAAACAUCAAUGCAUAAGUUCAAUAAUCAAACCCCCUACUUUUGCAAUGAUCGGUAUUCUCCUGUUGUUCAUUUUUAAACCCGCCGCUGCUCUUUAGCUUUUGUAUUAGACAAAAGUUUCUGUUGAACGGAAAUUUGCCAAUAAAACGAGAAACAAAUGACACUCACGUCAAAGGCUCCGUGUUUCAAGUCCAAGUUCAUCACCGCUGAGCUGGCUCGUCUGUUCAGCCAGUCGGACAGUGAGGAGGACUUCGAAGGUUUCAGUGAGGAUGAGGAAGGGGAGGACAGGAGAUCGUUUUACCAACGGCAAAAUACCAAGCUGGAUUCAGAUGAGAACACCGACUUUGACACAGGCUUCUACUCUGAUGAUGAGGGAGCCCCCCCGCCAAAGAGGAAGAGUCUUUUAGUCGCCCUGAGGUUUCCUGUCAAAAGAUUGUCAAGCCACAAACGGGAACUAAAAGAGAAAAAUGUCAAAAAGCCGGUCAAAGAAACUCCUCCUUCACAGAGAGCCAGAAGAAGUCAAAGAAUGAAGCAGCAGCAGCAGCAGCAGGAUGAAAAAGAGGAGGAGGAGGAAGAAGAAGAGGAGGUCCUGUCUCAGAGCCUUCGCAAACGAGACAAGAACAUCCAGGAAAACAAGGCCAUGCUGGCGAAGCUGUUUGCUGAUCUGAGCACCAUGGCUGACCUCACUCUGCCCACAACCCCUCAAAAAAAGAAGCGGGCAUCGGAGAAAGCGUCGACACGGAAACGCAAGUUGGCACCAGAGUUGGGGUCGGAAAGGAGGAACCCGUCUCGUAAAGCGCGUCCUCCUGAGAACUUUGCCGUGGAGGAGAAGAGCGAGCCGCUCGCCAUCAGAAACCCCAGGACUGUGGACAUCAGGAGACUGGUGGAGGUGGACGAGGACGUUAGUGGGAAAAAGAGGAGGCGGAGCCGCGGCUCCCGGAGGAGCCAGUAUGAGGUGAGGUCAGUGGACGACAUCACCCAAGAAGACCUGGACAACAUAGCUCAACGCAGCAAAGACAAGAUCUGGGACAAAGACACAGGCAGCUCGUGCCACCAGUGCAGACAGAAGACCCUGGACACCAAGACGGUUUGUCGCAGUGGCUUCUGUGUGGGGGGCAAAGGUCAGUUCUGCGGGCCGUGCCUGAAGAACCGCUACGGAGAGGAGGUCCGCGAUGUGCUGCUCGACCCGACGUGGUCGUGCCCCAUCUGCCGAGAGGUGUGUAACUGCAGUCUGUGCCGUAAGAAGGAGGGCCGCUGUGCCACCGGCAUCCUGGUGGGAUUGGCCCGCUACAACGGCCACGACAAUGUCCACGAGUACCUGGAGAGCAUUCAGAGGGAUCUGCUGUAAAGUCCAGAGAGAAGAAGCUGCUCCUACUGAUAGAAGCCUGAAGCAGGCUGACCUGCUGCACAGUACCGUGGAACUCGUUCUAAUGCACAUUUUUAGAUCAACCUUUUAUAGCUGAUUAGAAAAAGCAAGAAGACAAAAGUUUUUUUUUUUUUUAUACCCCUGUUUUAUAUAU